UGUCAGCCACUGCGGCGCUCUCCUGCCGCCUUCACGCGCGUUCUCCAGGAUUUCCGCCGGUUAAGACUCAGAGACCCCCGCCCAGCGGCAGACGCUCCUCCCUCCCAUCCGUCCUUGCCUCUGCCUGUCGCGUCCACUACCCCGCGUGCCUCUUGUUCGGCCCCGGACGCGUCCCCUAACGUGAUAGUGUCACCCGUCACACCCCGUAUGCGGCAUGUCUUCCCAGGAGGACGAGCCGAACGACAUUGCGUCUCAGAACGCGAAGAAGAGGAGGAUCCAGCGCGCGUGCGAUGUAUGCAGACGCAAGAAGAUACGGUGCGAUGGCGCACAAAUGCCGGACAACAAGUGUUCAAAUUGCACGACCUAUAAUUACGAGUGCACGUACAAUGAGGCAGCCAAGAAACGCGGCCCUCCUAAAGGGUAUGUUGAGAGCUUGGAAACGCGUCUCGAGAAGAUGGAAGGUCUACUGAAGAAGCUCUGCCCCGACGCCGACUUCUCCAAGGAGCUUGGCGGGAGAUUUGAUAGAGAAGCCUGGCUUGCAGAGACCCGCGCAGGAGCAGACAGGCCGUCCCGUGCAGGACCUUCGUGUCUUCCGUCCCAAUCAUCUGUCGCUGCUCAUCCGCCGACACAUCCCACGAACCCAGACGAUCUCGAACCGUCAGACGACGAAGUCAUGGCCCACCAAACGCUCGUCAACAGCCUGCAGCAAAUCAAACUCAACCCGACCACCAUGCGCUUCUUCGGAAAGAGCAGCAGUAUCAUGUUUGUGCAGACGGCGAUGGACCUCAAGCGCGAGUACUCCGGCAAACCUACGCCAGAGCGCAAAGAGCAGAGCAUGCCUGCGCUGCUCGAGGGCGCACGGCGGAAAGCCUUCAGAAGCUUACAUCCGGUGCGUCCGCGUUCGCGUUCUCCCUCUUCCCCCUCCCUCCUCCUGUCCCGUUCCACCUACCAGCCUCGGAGCCGCCAAGGAUCGCAUGCUCACUCCGCAUGUUACGACCCGGCCCUCCAGUGGCUAGCCUCGCAACUCCAGGAGCUCCCGCGCCCGCACAAGCAGUCCGACUUCCCCGAGGAGAGCCUCAUGUUCCUCCUGAUCGACCUGUACUUCAAGGAGGUCCAGCCGUUCACGCCGCUCCUGCACCGCCCGACGUUCGAGCGCAACAUCCGCGAGGGCGUCCACCUCGAGGACGUCGGCUUCGGGAGCACCGUGCUGCUCGUGUGCGCAAUCGGCGCGCGCCACACGGACGACCCCCGCGUGUGCCUCCACAACUACCCCGACAACCGGCUCAGCAGCGGCUGGGAGUGGUUCAAGCAGGUGCAGAUGAUCCGCCAGAGCAUGCUCGCGCCUCCGCGGCUGUACGACCUGCAGGUGUACUGCUUGACAGCGAUCUUCCUGCAAGGAUCCUCGGCGCCACAGGCAAGCUGGACUCUCAUCGGGGUGGGUAUACGGAUGGCCCAGGAUGUCGGCGCGCACCGGAAGAAGGUGUACAACGCAAAGCCCACGGUCGAGGAGGAGCUGUGGAAACGGGCUUUCUGGGUGCUCGUAUCCAUGGAUCGAUCAAUUUCCUCAGUUCUCGGGCGACCUUGUGCGAUACAGGACGAAGACUUUGACCUAGAUCUUCCCAUAGAGUGCGAUGACGAGUACUGGGAGAAUGACGAUCCGGAGCUCGCAUGGAAGCAACCACCUGGCAAACCAAGUUUGGUGACGUUCUUCAACUGCUUCCUCAGGUUAAACCAGAUCCUCGCUUUUGCCCUGCGUACGAUUUACUCUAUUAACAAGAGCAAAGCGCUACUUGGGUUCGUAGGUCAGCAGUGGGAACAGCACAUUGUCGCCGAGCUCGACUCUGCCCUCAACAAGUGGAUAGACUCCGUGCCCGACCACCUACGAUGGGACCCUAAUCGAGAAGACGUCACCUUCCUCAACCAGUCCGCGAACCUCUAUGCCUCCUACUACCAGCUCCAGAUCUCCGUGCACCGCCCAUUCAUCCCUUCACCGCGUAAGCCCUCGCCCCUCAGCUUUCCCAGUCUGGCGAUCUGCACGAAUGCGGCGCGGAGCUGUACACACGUCAUGGAUGUGCAGUGCAGGCGGACAGGGUCAGCGCUCCCACAUAACCAGGUCGCGAUGUUCACGUGUGGAAUCGUGCUGCUGCUCAAUAUCUGGGGAGGUAAGCGGAGUGGUCUGUCCACGGACGCCCAGAAGGAGAUGGCGGAUGUGCACAAAUGCAUGAAGAUGCUCAAGAUGCUUGAACCUCGAUGGCAUACCGCAGGUCGAUUAUGGGACAUCUUAUAUGAACUGGCCUACGUCGGUGACCUCCCUCUCCCUCAAAACACUCCGCCAAACAACAAGCGUGACCGAGAUUCGGACAGCCCACGCGCGAACCCUUCUCCAGGAGCUGACGGAUACACCCCCGCUGCGAACACUGCCACUCCCGGCGCAUCAUCACUAGACCCGACGCAGCGCACCUUCGCAGGUUCGCGGCGUGUUUCGCGCGACACCGCAAGCUUAGCCACCACCGCGGCGAGCUUCGGCCAGCAACAGAUGCAGCAAUCGGUGUUUACGCCGUCAGACGUCCCGAGUCCGAUGGGCGUCGCGGAUCCCGCCAACGCAAGCGCUGCUACGAACACCUUCGCGCUCCCCAUUCACAGCGACGAGCUCGGACGGCUGCCUCUUCAUGGUUUCACUAUGUCCUCUAUGGUCUCAACCCCUCUGGGCCCAUCUUCGCAGGCCCCAAGCUCACUGGCGCAGGACUGGUUCGGCGCAGACACCGGCGGGCCAAGCACCCUCUCCACCAUGCCUGGUCCAUCUUCCGCGCCGCCGCCUCCACCCACCUCGCAAGUCCAGUCUGAGUCUCAGCCACAGGCGGGACCGUCGAGGGUGGAGAGUCCGUCGGCCGACAUGGCGGGCGGGCUCGAUGCGUCCGGGAUUGCGAGCAUGUUCGGCCCAUUGGAGGAUUCGCAGGUGUAUGACUCUCUGUUCGCGAGCAUGCCUGCGACAUAUGCGGGUGUGCAGGACUUCCCCGGUGCGAUGGGUGUCGUUAUGGGGCAGGGUCCGGGCCAGGGCGUCCCGGGAUCCGGCGGCCAGCCGGGGCCCUCGCAGGGGGGACAGGGACAGGAUACAUUUGCUGAUAACACGCUGGCGAUGUGGAGUAGUGCGCCGAGCGACUUCCAAUGGGACGAUUGGGGAACAUACAUCAGCGGGAUGAACAAUCCAAUGGGACAGACCUCACGGCCUGGCGAGCCAUAGGCACUGGGUUCCUGCGUACGUCCUGUCAUGACAACGAGGUAUGCUUGGAUGCGCGAUGAUGAAGACGAAGGAAACGAUUACUGUAUUCGCGCUGAUGUGCCCGGCAGAUGUUGAGUCUUACUUCCGAUGCGCCAGCCUUAAUUGUAUCGAUACCGAUCUGUAUCCUGAUUCCAUUUCCCUACCAUGUCUGGUCUAUAACGAGACUUCAGCCAUUACUAGCCCCCAUAGUUCUGUUCGUGUGGAAUGCCUCGUCGCGUCGUAUCGUGUUUUGCUGCAUAUUUAUCCCACAAACUAUAGAAUGUUGAUCGUGUCAUCGGGUCUUAUUUACCAGUAGUGUGUUGCUUCCCCUGGGUGUCUCUGCCUACGCAUCUUCGUGCUACAGCUUGUCCGCCAAUAUCUGGUCAACAUCGCUUCAGCUCCCACGUCUCCGAAAGGAUGCCCUUCAGACGCAUUC